AUGCAUCGACCAGACUGGCAGGGGCCCGGCCACCAGAACAAUGCCGCGGUCCCUCUGCAUCCACAGCAUAGGAGGGAAUAUCAUGGCUAUCACCACGGCCCGAUGACACCCGUGCCAGGCCCGAUGUAUGGAGGAUAUCACCCGGCGCCAAUGUAUCAGCAACAAUACUACGCUCCGCGAUGGCAGCAACAACCAGGACCGUACAUGCAGCCGCAUUGGGUACCGCCUAUGCAACCUAUGCCGCAGCAGUAUGCGCAACCCAGGAGCCCAAUGGUCGUCACUUCUCAACCUCACCAGCCAAUGACACCAGCCACACGACCCCAGCACGCACAAUCUCCUAGACCAGCUCCACCGUACAUGCAUCAUCAGCAACAAGCGCCCCUUGUCGUGGCAUCUCCGUCGCCUUCGCCUGCUCCCGCCCAAGCACCACCGCCAUCCGCUGCACCACGAGCCGAGCCACAACGAGUAGAAACACCUCCUCCUCCGUCGCCACGUCGAGAACCCAUCAACCCGCCUCAAGGCGUAAGCGAGCACAUCGAACCCUUUUGGCCUCGAUUGCCGUGGUAUUCUGUUCCGGAUGAGGCAUUCCCUGCUCGCGCGAUCCCCUCCAGGCGCCGACGACAAAAUCUCCAUUCAGCCGAUGCUGGUAUAGUGGCAUUACCCACAAAACCUGGAGGAGAACUAGCACAAAUGGUAGCAAAUGAGGAGGAUGCCUCUGCGCAGCAGGAAUCUCAAGCCGCCUCAGCAGAAGAGCCAGUCUCAGAAACCUCGACUAUAGCAGCGCCGAGUGAGCAGGAGACACCUGCAACGAGCCAAGCACCGAGCGAAAGCGACUUUGCAAAUGCUUCCACACCUGCAACUCCCGCCCAGACCACGAACAACUCUCCAAAGUAUGCCCCGAAUCAGCAGCACACGCGACGCGAUACGACGACCAAGAUUGCCGUGCCAGUCGUUCCAGCGCUUCCAAAGGUACCAAGGGAGGCAACAUCUCGACCAACCACAGCAGAUCAAGAGGCGGAGACCACACCUAAGGCUGAUGAUGGACAAUUGGCUGUCACUGAGGGGGCGGCCAAGGUUGAGGAAGAAAAGCCAAAACCUGCACCAGCGGCACCACCUAAGUCAUGGGCCGAUCUCGUGAAGAAGAACGCCAAACGAGCGGCAUCUUCAUCCACCAACAACGGUUCUGCUGUUGCUAAUAGCAUUCCACUGCCGAAGAGCGCAUCUCUUGCGGAUGCGCUGAAGCAGUACGACGUGCAGCGUGAUCUGCAAGUAUCCUUUCUCGAGCCCCGUGGGCUAGUAAAUACUGGUAAUAUGUGUUAUAUGAAUUCGGUUCUUCAGGUUCUGGUCUUCUGCGUUCCCUUCUACAGCUUCCUGGACCAAGUGAGGCAACGAACUGUACAUUCUAUGAAAAGCGAUACCCCUCUCGUUGAUGCGAUGAUCAUGUUUGUUCGAGAAUUCAAGAUCUUGGCCAAAGCGCCAUCCGCAGGUGCAUUACGGCCGAUGCUGAAGCAGGAACAGCUGGAGCAGUAUGGAGAGCCGUGCACACCCGAGUAUGUGUACGAGGUCAUUCAGAGGUUGCCACGAUUCGCGGGAAUGAGGAGAGGUCACCAGCAAGACGCCGAGGAGUUUCUGGGCUUCUUACUUGAAGGCCUUCAUGACGAGUGCGUCAAGGUCAUGCAGGGUCAGAACGACACUCAGCCACAGCAGAACGGUGCUUCUUCGCCAGGUUCUGUCGCCUCACCAACAGCUGCAGAUGAUGGCUGGCUUGAGGUUGGACCCAAGCAGAAAGCCGCUGAGACACGCACUGCCGGUCAGCAAGACGCACCAACACCCAUCACCAAGAUCUUCGGCGGCCAUUUGCGCUCAGAGCUGCGCGUGCCAGGGAAGAAGGACUCCGUCACUUUGGAGCCAUACAAGCCGCUUCAAUUGGACAUUGGCGCACAGAACGUCAACAACAUAAUUGAUGCAUUGAAAGGUCUGACUAUCCCAGAGGCUUUUGAGGGAGACUUCGGUGGCCGUGGCAACACUGCCAAGAAGCAAGUGUUCGUUGAGACUCUGCCUCCGGUCCUGGUCCUUCAUCUGAAGCGAUUCCAGUACGACAGCAGUGGUGGCACCCAGAAGAUCUGGAAGAAGAUCGGCUACCCGUUGGACCUCGAGAUUCCCAAGGAGGUCUUCGCGCCAGCCAAACGCGCCGGCAUGGGAGCGACGAAGCCACUGCCGAAGUAUCGACUUACCGCUGUUGUGUAUCACCACGGCAAAUCAGCAGCAGGUGGACACUACACCGUGGACGUCCUCCGACAGGACUCACGUGAGUGGGUUCGCAUGGACGACACGAUCAUCCGGCGCAUCCGGCCAGAGGACGUUGCCGAAGGCGGCAGCGAGGAAGACCCCAAGUUGCUCGCCAAAGCCCUCGAGCAACACAAGAACGACCAAGAGCUGCAAAAGCAGCGCAACAUGUUCAGCGGCUUGGAUGACGAUGAGAAGCCAGAGGAGGACAACCGUCCGUGGUCGCAAGCCAACGGACACGUGAAGAAAUUCUCGAACUCCGCGGCCGCGACUGUCGCUACGAACGGUACUGUCACUCCAAGCACUACAGGCAAGCGCACUCCAAAGCCUGUGACGAGUGUGCGUGAUAACAAGGUAGCGUAUAUCUUGCUGUAUGAGAAGCGCGAGUAA